GAAUGGGUCCCUUAAAUCGUUGAUCUGAGUCGUAAUUGGACAGUCAGGAAGUUCCUAUGGAAUCAACAGCAAAAGAGCUGAGAACUUUUAAAAAAUGUUUAUUCAAUACAAAAUUUUUACAACACUUGGAUAAGAAACAAUUCCUCGAAUUCUAGAAUCCCUAGAAAGAAGGCAAGGAUGUGGAUGGUGGUGCUUUCUUCCCCGCAAACCCUAGCACAAACAGCGUUCCUCCGAAAUUCAAUUCCCAGCCCAACCAGAGUGUCCCUUUCUCUCAAAACCCCGUGUUCUUCAUUAACAGCAAAAUGCCAGCAACAACAAAAAACUCAAGAAGACGGCAUUCCCGCGGACGAGGUUAAAAUCCUUGCGAAAUUCAAGUCCCGCCACAACUACAUCCGCGUUCUAGAAGUUUCUAGAAAAGCAGAACACCCCUUCCGCGGCUCCAGGCUCCUCCUUCUCGACACCCCCGGAAACAUCCACAGCAUAUCUUUCCUCUUCAAGUCCCUCACCAAUACUUACUUCGACGUCUUCGCCACGCUCCCUCCCAUCGUUCCCCCCGGCCCCCUCGCCCUCCUCGGCUUCGGCGCCGGCACCGCCGCCCGCCUCCUCCUCCUCCACCACCCCUCCGCCCUCCUCCACUGCUGGGAGCUCGACCCCGCCGUCAUCCAGGUCGCCCGCGAGUACUUCAACCUCGCCCGCCUCGAGAGGGACAACCAAGACCGCCUCUUCAUCUACGUCGGCGACGCCCUCAACGCCACCGUCCCCAACGGCUUCUCCGGGAUCGUCGUCGACCUCUUUUCGAAGGGCUCUUUAAUCCCCGAGCUCCAGGAUCCCGCCACUUGGCGGAUGCUGAGGGGGAGGUUGAGGAAGGGAGGGAGGAUCAUGGUGAACGUUGGCGGGAGCUGCGUGGAGGCGGAGAAUAGGCUCAGAGAUGGGAAGGUUGUUAUGGAAGAGACUCUCGGAGCGAUGAAGGAGGUUUUCGGAAAGAAGGUUUUUGUUCUGAGUCUGGGGAAUCGUAAGGAUGAUAGCUCGCUUGCUCUCACUGGGGAUUUGCCUCACCUUGAGGAAUGGAAGAACCGCCUUCCUGGUCCCUUCAAAUGUUACGCUGACAUGUGGACACCUUACUCUCAGUAGUAGCACCUUACUCUUUUGCUCUUCAUCUGUUUGUGUUUAUUCCUCUGUGAAAUCUUCGUCAUGUUUACUCCUUUUUCAAGCAGAGUAAAUCCAUUUUUGGCAACAAAAUUUGAUGGUUUAUGGACUAAGUGGGAGCCUAUUGUGUAAUGUAAUGGGUUGGCUCCAUCUUUUUUAUUUUUAUUUUUAAAGUAAAUAUCCAAAAUACUUCAUGAAAUUGUGAGCAUAUAUUAUUCUAGUUCCUCUUUUUUUUUA